AGCCCGUCACCUAGCACAAUGACAACACCAAGCUGCCUGCCCAACAACAACUUGCUUGCCCAGCACCACGCCUCAAGCGCACAAGAAACCCCCACUCGCACGACCAACGCUGCCGUCGCCUUUCAGAUUAGACAUCGCAUCGACAAGCCCGUCGCUGUCCGCCAGACCUGCAUCCUUGCGCCAUGUUCCCUUGCGCCCAGCGCGGCUGAUUUGCUCCGUUGAGCUGGCCUGCUGACGACACAGCAGUCUUCCCGUCGACUCCAGGUCGCGCGAGCACGCCCGCAGGCUCACCUCUUUUACGCCAUUCGUUCCACCUCGCGUGUUCUUCAUCAUGGCCGCAGCCAGCCCCCAGGGCGCUGAGAGCACAAUGACUGCGCCCGAAAGCCUCGACCUACAGAUCAUGUCGCCCUCGGCCGGCGUACCCCAGCCCUGGUUGAUUCGAGGCAUCCCCACCAACACCAGUGUCCGCCAGCUCAAGGAGCGGUUACGCAACGUCCUUGCGGCGAGGCCAGCUGACAAUGCGCAACGCCUCAUCCACCGAGGUCGCUUGCUCGCCCGCGACGAUGACACCUUGUUGGAUGUCUUUGGUGUCGAUGCUAUCCGCUCUGCCGAGCAUCAAACACUCCAUCUCGUACUGAGGGAACCAAUGGAUGCGCAACCGGCUCCCGCACUCAAUCCGGCAGCCUCCGGUGCCGCACCUGACAAUGCUCCCCCGCAAGGGCACGCGACAGCUCAAAUGCCAGCUUUUGGUCCACAGCCAGUCGGUGUGAAUGGGAAUCAGACUCAGGCGCAACCAGCGAACAAUGUCCACAAUCAGCCUCUCCCUCAGCACAAUAUCCCUUUUGGUGUUGCGCCUCAGGUCCAAGUGCGAAUUGGGCAUGGGCCAUGGCCACCAAUCCCAACCAUCCCCCAUGCGCCAGCGUCCGGGGUCCCUCACUUGCCCAUGCAUGGCAUGCCACCCGUAGGCCAGGCGGCUGGUCUGCCGCCAGGGUACACGCCGCAACAGUUUGCCCAGCACCAACUGCAAUGGAUGGCCACCAUGAACGCGCAGAUGGGACAGAGGAGGAUGGAGGAGCUCCUAGCCCAGAACCGGGGAAGGCAAGGCCCCCAUACGGCUCACGAAGGUAUCAUUCCUGGAGCAACAGGAAGUCCAGCGCCUGCGGCGUCUGUGAGGACAUCCUCUCCAUACCAACAAGAUGCUACGCGAACUGUCAUUCGUGAAGGAGUCGGUCCCAACGGCCAACAGUGGCGUGUUGUAAUGAAUGAGACGGUUCCCAACCCCCUGAUGCGGAACGCAAGGACAAGCUCGCCAUUUUCGCGCCCGGAUAUGCAGCACGGCUUCCAACCACCUGGUGCUAGUAACAACGUUCCCCAGCAGCCGCGAUCGGUUCCGCCUAGUGGAGGACCUUUCACUGGAAACGAUGUCCAGAGCAUCCUCCAUCAAGCAGAUGUCAAUCAGGCAACCAGGACACUGACUGAUGCUAUGCGCCGGAAUGCGAGCACUUCGUCGUUAGCAACUCUGGCCAGCAAUCAUUCAGCCCAUCCUAUUCCACCUGGUGUCACCGUACCAUCGCGGACUGCGAGCGCCGCCGGCACCCCUGAUCCAUUGCGAGCGGCUGGUUUCACGAGGCCCAUGUUCGCGGUUCCUCCCCCGCCGUUGCCUCAAGCCGCACCAGCGGCAAGAAACCCCGAGGUUUACAUACUCUCGUCCCCUUCAGGGCCACGCGCUCUGCUCGUCAACAGCGACCAACAGACAUAUUAUACGCCUCAGGGACGUAGGGCAUCGCCUUUUGCAGGAGGGGCGGGCAUAGCAGCAGCGUUGUCACCAUUCUCUGGUGCAAUCCCAACCCCAUUAACUCAACAAGUUGGGAACCCGUUUGCCCCGGCGGCACACGGUACACCAGGCCCCCAGACUCCUCAUGUACAGAAUGAUCAGCUUCAAGGGCUACCUGGUGCCGCAGUCCCCCAACAAGCAGCUCCCCAACUAGACAAUGUUGUAGCUCAAGCUGGUGUCGCGCAGCCAGGUGUUCAAGCCCAAGAGAUCCGCAUGAUACCAAUCUGGCCUCAUGUAUGGAUGAUAAUCCGACUUGUACUAUUUGUCUGGUGGUUCACUACCCCGGAGUCGAGCUGGUCCCGCUGGAUCACAGUCAUCUCUAUUGCAGUUGGCUUAUUUCUCGCCAACACAGGAAUACUGAACCCACUGAUAGAGCAAUUCUGGGUUCCUCUGCGAGGACACAUCGAAAACCUCAUGCCGUUGGCAGACAAUCAUGGCAGACCGCGCCCUGCUCGAAACCCUGUGGGAGGCGCUGAUGCCAACGGAAAUGUCGGACGAGCGCGUGAGCCCAACCCGGCGGAUACAGCGGCCAGGCUCGUGGAACAGCGGCGCAAUGCGAACGCGAACUGGUUGCUGGAUAUUGUUCGUAGACUGGAACGUGCUGGCCUCAUUUUUCUUGCCAGCAUUGCGCCAGGUAUUGCUGAAAGACACAUCGAGCAUUUGGAGGCAGAAGCUCGGGCAGAGCGGCAACGUGUGGAAGCGGAAGCGGCGGCGGCGGCAGAAGCAGCCCAGACAGCUGCACAGGCACCGCCCGACGCUCAAGAAUCUACUGAGCAAGUCUCAGGUGAUAGCGAGGCGCCGGACACGGAUGCGCAACCAGAAGAUGCAGCCGGUGCAAGCAACGAUUUCCAGCCUGCUUCCGCGUCGGCGGGAGAAGUUCGGCAACGGCCUGUUCAUGCAACGGAUGAGCAGUAGAGGCAGCAUCCAUGCUUCCUCAGCAGGACCGGCUUCCUGAAUAAUGGAAUCAAGACAAAGAACCGAUGGGACCAUUGCCAGAAACGAUGACGCGGGAUUUGAAACAUGUACUUAUGAUUGUUGAUUGAGCAAGAACACAUAAAUGCGCGGCGAUAGACGUUCACUUGGGCGAAGUUUAGCGAUCAUCGUACA